CAGCGACCAAGGUGCUAUUGUCUCGUUUCCUCUGGCCAUGCAAGUCGACCUCCAGCCCACCGACCGCGCACGCGCACGCGAACACACAAACAAAUCCUCUGCUGAAAUUCACAUUCAACUAGGCACAGGACCCUGCGCGGUGAAUUGGAUCCCUUACUGCGUUUUCCGUCAAAUAGAAAUAAACAACAUGCUCUUCUAGAUACGGCAAGAUUGUUAAGUUUUUACGAAAUGACAGAACCUGGGAAACUUUUAAAUACUGUUUGAAGGGAAGUUACUGCAAAGAGACCACCUGCGGAAGAAAAACAAAACACUUGUUGGUGAACCAGUCUGAUGUUUCCCGGGACAGUAGCAGUGUUGAACGUGUUGACUUGACAACCAGAGGUGACAACCAGUACAGAGAGAGACAGAGGCCCCCAGCUAAGGAGUAGACUGUGGAAGACUGUCAACAUGAGAUGGAGAGAGAGAGAGAAUGUGUGGUGAAGCAACCAACCCAAACACACACAUAGUGUCAGCAUCUCUGGGAGUGUGUGUGUGUGUGUGUGCAUCUGAGAUUGGGAUGCCUUGGAGAGGGCUUGCCUGGUGGACCCCCCACUGACCUCCCCAGAAAACGCCCACUACCCCACCCCCAACCGUUACCCUUCUACCUCCACCCCGGCCUCAGCAUGGCUGGUCUGGUGCUGAAUGAGACAGGCAUGGAGGACUGUGGGAUAGAUGACAGCUUUAAGUAUGACCUGUACAGCGUGGUCUACAGCGUGGUGUUUGUCCUGGGGCUCUGCACCAACUGUGCUGCUCUCUUUGUGUUCUGCUUCCGGAUGAAGCUACGCAACGAGACAACGCUGUUCAUGACUAACCUGGCGUUGUCAGACCUUGUGUUUGUGUUCACACUGCCCUUCAAGGUCUACUACAACGUCAACCGACACUGGCCCUUUGGAGACGAACUCUGCAAGGUAUCAGGAACAGCGUUCAUCACCAACAUCUACGGUUCCAUGUUGUUCCUCACCUGCAUCAGCGUGGACCGCUUUCUGGCCAUCGUCUACCCCUUCCGCUCACGCUCAGUCCGCACGAGGAGGAACGCAGGCCUGGUGUGUGCUGCGGUCUGGCUCACCAUCGUGGGUGGAGGGAUAUCGGUCACCUUCUUUUCCACGAUCAACCAGGCAAACCGCGCCACGGCCUGCUUCGAGGGAUUCUCCAAGAGCACCUGGAAGACAUACCUGUCUAAGAUCACUAUCUUUAUAGAGAUCGUAGGUUUUCUCCUCCCACUCCUAACCAACCUGGUGUGUUCCUCUCUGGUGCUGAGGACCCUCCGUCGCCCAGGGACCAUCGGCCACGGAUGCAACAGCAAGCGUCGGGUGCUCCGUAUGAUCCUCGUCCACCUGGCCAUCUUCAUCAUCUGCUUCGUCCCCUACAACUCCAUCCUCUUCCUAUAUGCCAUGGUGCGGACCCAGGCUCUGGCCAACUGUAACCUUGAGAGGUUUGUCCGGACGCUGUACCCCAUCACACUGUGUCUGGCCACCCUCAACUGCUGCCUAGACCCAGUGGUGUACUACUUUACAUCUGAGUCCUUCCAGAAGAGUCUCACCACAGGGGGGAAGGGAGGGGUCCGGGCUGAGAGCAUCCCCCGCAGCGACACACACCUGAGUAGUGAGGCAGAGACGCAGCAGGACACAGGGACACUGACCAGGGAUGGGAGACCGUGGAGAGACACACGGGACUGGACAGUCACCAGGAGAGACUCACAAGAAGCAUCUCUCACUAGAAACACCCAGGACGCAUAUGCUCUCGCCAGCAACGGGAAAGAUACAGGAGUGAAUGAGACUCAGUUCUGACACUACGGGUGAGAGAGAAAUAAAAAGAGAGAGAGAUGGAGAAAGAGAGCGAGAGGACAGUUCAGGAUGGAGAAAUCAGGUUUCUGAGUCUAAGCCCUAGUUCAAAGCCACUGUAUCUCCCCGCUCCAAACAAAAACAUAUGUCACUUUCUCUUUGGAAGAGUAGGGAUUGAAUGCCGUCUGAAACAAUGCAGUGUGCCUCAUCAAAAAGUCUGAUGAUAGUUCGGGAUUCUCUGCCGCUCUUUCGGCAUAGUGCGGGUGAAGCCUCUGUUUCCUGCAGCUCGCCUGAGCAGUUCUUCCAAAGUCAGGAGAAAUGGUAAUGCAUAUUAAUAUAUGUUAAUUGCAUGCAAAUAAAAGUUGCUUUGCUACCACACCCACAACAGAAAGACAAUCAUGGUCUCAGAUUCGCAGGUAGAGGACUUCUGUGAGAUGUUGCUGUUAUGUCUGAAUUCAACACUUUACCAUUGAUGAAGUCUGUUACAGUGUUGAGAUUGGUUGACUGGGUGAAUAGGGUCAAUAUCAGGGGAUAUCUUUAUCUUUGUAUUUCCGGAUAGCUGACUGGCUCGAUUAGGUCAUAUGUAGCAACAUUUGAAAUGGUGUUUUUUACAUUGGACAAAAGUAGAGACUCAGAGCUAGAAAAUUGUACUUUACACAAUACA